AUAUAAUAAUAAAUAAAUUUUUUUUAUUUUUUAAAAAAAAAAAUAAACCACAUUAGUUUUUUUUGCGUAAAAAAAAAAAAAACUAAAAACUAAUAAUUAAAAAUGGGUGAUUUUAAUAAUGAAGACUCUAUUUUUAAUAGUGGAUUAAAUUCAUAUAUUGUUGAUCUUUAUGAUAAUAACCAACAACAACAACAACAACAACACCCACAACAAAAUAACAAUAAUUAUUGUAAUGAUAUUUUUGCACAACAAUACCAACAAAAUCAACACCAACCAAUUACAACAAUUGAUUACUCAAUCCCAUUAUCAGAGUCACUACAAGGCUUAUUACCACCAACAACUACAAAUAAUAAUAAUGUUAUUGAUAUAAAUAUUAAUCAAUUUAAUAACAUCACACCACUUUACCAAGUUAAUAAUAUGAAUAAUGAUUUACUUAAUAAUAUUAAUACUAUUACAUCAACAAAUAGUAAUAAUAUUAAUGACAAUAGUAAUAACAAUACUAAUGGUAAUAGUAACAAUGGUAAUAAUAAUAAUAAUCAUCACUAUUAUUCACAAAUUCAAGAAAUUCACCAACAAAUUUUUAUAGAACAACAAAAUAUGUUAAAUCACAUUCAAGUACCAACUUCAAAUACCAAUAGUUCAAAUAUUAGCUUAUUGGUACCACAAACUUCACCCUACCCUUAUAAUGAAAACAAUUUUACUGUUUCCAAUAAUAUUGGUAACACACCAGUUAUGAACAAUAACUUGUGUGCCCCAACCUCAUCAGAUAACUCAUCACCAGAAACUUUUUCAUAUGGUACCCCAUCAUCCCCAACAACAUCAAACUCUUCACCAUCCACAAACUAUGACCUUUUCCAACAACCAACAUCGCCACAAUCACCACUUUCAGUUGUUCCAAGUACUACUCCUACUGCCACUGCUAAACCAUCUAAAAAAGAUAAAGAUAAAUCAUCUAAAAAAGAUAAAGAAAAGGAGAAAGAAAGAGAAAAGGAAAAAGAAAGAGAAAGAGAAAGAGAAAGAGAAAAAGAAGAAAGUGAUAGACCAAAAAAGAAAAAGAAAUUUGAACCAAAUGUUUUUGUUGGUGUUGACUUGGGUGACGAUUUACUCGAAAUUACUUCUGAAGAAUUCCAAGCUUAUAAAAAUAAUUUCUUUUCAAAUGUUAGCGAUAAAAAAACUCAAACAGUUUUAAAUUAUCAAUAUAGAAAAAUUAAAAAUAGAGAAAGUGCCAGAAGAUCAAGAGAAAGAAAAGCAACUCAUGUUGAUGAAUUAGAAGGUAAAAUUUCAGAAAUUGAAAAAGAAAGAGAUCAAUAUAAAGAAGAGAAUAUCAAACUAAGACAAGAGAAUACAAGAUUAAAAGAGGAAUUGGAUACCUUUAAACUUCAAGACAAACAAAAAUCUGCCACAAGUAUUUUCGACUAUGUUUCCAUUGGCUCACCAACCACCCAAAACUUUAGCAAGAACUUUGGUAUUAUUUUAUUCCUUUUCUUAUUUGGAUCCUUUAUCCUCCAAAACAAUCCAAACUUUUUAUAUGGAUCUAAUAAUAAUAAUAACAAUAAUGCCGUUAAUACAAACAAUAUCAAUAACAACAAUGUAAAUCCAAUUAUUUAUCACAAUGUACCAAAUAACUUUAAUCAAAUGAAAUUCCAACCAUUCCAACCAAACCAACAACCAAACCAAAUGAAAUUCCAAAACCAACCACCAGCAUUUUAUUUCAAUAAUAACCAUAAUCAACGUAACACUUUGGGUAGAGAUAGAGUUGACGAAGAUGAAUUUGUCACUGAGUCAAUUUCAGUAUCACCAUCCCACAUCAAUUCACACGUAGUUCCAGAUCAACCAAGAACACUCUUAGAUAGAUCUCUCAUUAGAAAUUGGGCUACAUUACCACAAAACAGUGUUGCCUCAAUUUCGUUCGAAAAAGAUUCAGCUCUUGAUUUACUUGAAAAAGCAAAUAUCGACAAAUCUAGACACCACGUAAUUUCACAUUAUAAACAAUUAUCACAAGAAGAUGAUGAUUUUGACUUGUUUGAAAUUGGUAAUAGUAAUAGUAAUAACAAUAUGGAUACAGAUAAGAGCAAUAAUGAUAAUAGCAAUAAUAAAAAUAAUGGUCAAAGCGAAGAUGGAACUUUAAUUAAUAAAUCCCAAUCAAAUCCUUCAUCAACAGCACAUUCACCACGUUAUGUAAAUAAUUGUACAUUGAGUCUCUCACUCACUCCAACCCAACAAACCUUCUCUGAAGAACUUUUAAAGAGACAAAAUGUAACAACUUUUGGCCAGAAUUCUUCAUUUAAAUUUAAUUUCUUAAUUGACACUCAUAAUUUCCCAAAUGGCAGUAAUGAUGUAUCAAAAGCUUUCCUUGAGUCUAACAAUCAACAAAUGACUGUAACAUCAAUUAUUAUAGCAAUUGAAAAAACUCAAAAUACAAAUUCAAACCAACAACAAAAUCAGAACACAAAUUAAAUCACCUCCAUAAUAAUUUUUAAAAAAAAUUUUUAAAAUUAUUAUAUGACAUAAUUUAACCAAUAAUUAAUUAUUAGUUUCCUUUUUUUUUUUGUUUUAAAUAAAAUUUAUAUUUUCUUUUUUUUCAUUAAAA